AUGGCAGAAGAAGAGGAGCUUCCACUGCGAUUGCGAUUAAAUUCAGUCAUUCGAGCAUUAGACGAGCAUGGCAAAGGCUUUAUUACUGUGGAAGACAUGCAGCAAUGGGCUUCUACAUUUGGUGAUCAAGGGGAGGUACAAGAAAUCAUUCGGAGUUUAGAUCCGGAAGGACGCGGUAGAUUUGAUUAUGAAGAAUUUAAAGAACGUGUUAAGUGCGUUUUUACAGGAAAUAGUCGCAAUGGUUACCAACCUGCACCAGAUGUCCUUGAUUCAUUAGAAAAAUACCAUCAAUUACAACAGGAUCAGUUGGCAGGUACAAAGGAUCUCGUUGAUGGUCAGGAAAUGCACGUCAGCGUUGCUGACACGACAGAUUCCGUAACCGAUACCAAAGACGAAUCAGUAACUUUAGUUAACGCUGACAAUCAAAAUACGAGUACUACUGAUGAAUUAAAUCAGAAGGAAGGCGUAAAUAGUAGUUUACUCUCGGCAAGCACAAAUGAAGAGGGCUUUGUCGGAAUGGGUGAAGACGAUUCGAUGAUGAUCGAUGAAGAAUCCGAUAAGGAGUUAACCCCCGCUCGACUAGUACGAACUCCUUCCGGACGAAGGGUAGGAGUGAAACUACUCACCCGCGCAAAAGUUAAUGGUACUCCUUCUUAUCUCAGUAGAAAAAACAGUACAGAUAGUCAGGCAUCGGACGACAACGCAGAAUAUUUACAUAAAUUAAAUGAUCAGAUAUUACAUCUUACAUCUCAGCUAGAGAAAACUGAAAAACAAUGUUCGUCGCACUCUGAAGCAUUAAAGCGUACAAAAAUUGAAAAUAGUCAAUUUGUACAACGGUGUAACUAUCUGGAGGAACAACUAAGUGAGAGCAGAACUGUUCAUGCUAGUGAUCUUGCGGAAGAAAAGAAAAAGCAUAAAGCUUACGUCACAAGAUUAGAGGCUGAUAGAGACAAACAGAUUGAGUCCCUACAUCUCCAGAUUAAAGAUCUAAAUAUGAAAUGCAAAAAUUACGCUCAAGAAAUUUCUUAUCUGAAGGGUCAACAAGAUCUAGACCAUGCGAAAGCUACUUCAUUACAAGAAAAAAACGAUGAUUUGCAACUCCGAUUUAACCGUAGUGAAGAUUCAGUAAAGACUCUAGAAAAAGAAAUUGUGGACCUGAAGACAUGUAUUGAAGAAGAUCAACAAGUAUUUAAGCAGGUAUUACAUGAGGCCCAAGAAGAAAAUAACAAUCUGCAACGACAUUAUGAUGAAGCUAAAGAUGAAAUCGAAAGAUUAACAUUAGAGACUAAGAAUUUUGUAGCUAUAGACACGAGUGGUUACCAGAAUGAGAUUAAAUCGCUUCAACGGGACAUUCAAAAGUUGAGAGAAGCCAACAGUAGAAUGCAAAAGACUUAUUUAGAUGGCCAGUUACAGCGCGUCAGUUUAGAUGAUAAUAUGCCAGCAGAAUCUCUGGCAGCAGAAUUGGAAUUUGCUAGUAAAGAUGAGCUUAUGGAAGCUUUAAAACAACAAGAAGAUACAAAUAGUAGGAUGCGAACAUAUCUGGAUAGCUUGCUCGCUGUUGUCAUGGAAAAAGACCCAACGCUACUAGAGAUAACAAAUCUUAGACAUCAUCAACGUCUACGAGAAGAAAAUCAAGAUUCUUAA